AUGGCUCCGAUUGCUGUCAGCGACUCACUCCCGGACGGUACUCUCUCCUACUUCGACGCAGAGGACAUGCUCCAGCAGGUCUCCAUACACUCCCUCGCUGCCGGUAAACAGGUUAUCCUUUUUGGCGUUCCCGGUGCCUUUACCCCUACUUGCAGCUUGAAACAUGUGCCUGGAUUCAUCGAGAAAGCUGCAGAGUUUAAAUCCAAGGGUAUUAAUGAGAUUAUCUGCAUCAGCGUGAAUGAUCCCUUCGUGAUGAAGGCAUGGGCCAAAACUUACCCGGAGAACAAGGAUGUUAAGUUCCUGGCGGAUGGUUCGGCAACAUACACCCAUACUCUGGGCCUUCAACUUGACCUAAGCGAGAAAGGGCUGGGCACUCGUUCCAAGAGGUUCGCUCUCUUGGUUGACAACCUCAAGGUGAAAGCUGCGAAUAUUGAACAAGGAGGAGAAUUUACCGUCUCUAGUGCCGAUGAUAUCCUUAAAGCAAUGCUUUAGAAUUGCUUUUAUCUACGGAGGUCAUCUUGUUUUAACCUCGGAAUUGCCGGCCAUCUUCGUAAACUCUCCUUUUGGUCUUUAAUCUUUGUAGUUUAUACAAUAUGGAUUUGUUUUAUGUGGAAGCACUUGAUGGUUAUGGCAAUAA